AUGUUUGUAGGCAUCCAGUUUACUGAGGCUGAUGGGGGCACCAUAUCUCUUGUCCAUGAAAAAUGGUUGACGCCACGCAAAAAAGAGGUAUGGUGGCCACCCCACAAACAGCAUGAGGUUUUCGUUAAAAGUCUCAGGAAAGGAGAGACACCUAACGAACAGUGGAGUCUUUUUAAAGUGGAAAAAUCAUUUUUUCAGGAGGAUAAUUAUCAAAAGGCCUCAUUGAAAUUGAAAAAGGCAGAAGUAACUUCGGAUGUGGCAACCGAUAUUGAGGAAAAAUUACCCCUAAAACGUCCCAGAAAGCUGAAUAGAAAAUUGUUUUUCACUGAAAGCAGCGAUGAAAGUGAGGCGAAUGAACCCCCUCCGAAGAAGCUACAAUUAAAAAGGGUCCAAAGUGGAACAAAUCGGCAGGAUGCAACUGGAAUGAAAUUAGUCCCACCCAAGGAUAUGCCAGUUGCAAUCCCACUACAAAAUAUUGAAGAUUUAAAAUCAAUUGAGGAGUAUCUUGCUCUUGACAAAAAUCUUUCUGCUUUGGCUUCAUAUUGUGAAACCUUGGGCGGCCGAGAUAAAGUUGCCAAAGUUAAUAAUAUUUUGAGGAAUCUGCUCUCCAACAGAGUUGCAGCCGAGUUCAGCUUUUUGGGCACCAGACAGGAUAAGCGUCCAUUUGCAAACCUAAAACUGAGAAAAGUUGUUGUCAAUGCUGUAUUGUCGAAAUGUGAAGGGGAUGCUGCUGAUAUUGAUGGUUUGAUCAAAGUUUGGCUUAAGCAUGCCCCAAAAAGGGCAGCACUUGAAAGAAAAACAAGAACUUGUUGA